UUGUCACUUGGCAGUUGCGCGGAGUAAUAAACGAAGUGUAUUUUAAAAUUAAUUUCUCAUACGAUAAAGCAUUUAAAACAUGUCGGAGCCGGAGCCCGCCGAAGUUGUUGAUCAAGAGACUAAACAUGAACAUAGUCCUCGGAAACGUAUACGACACCGUAAAAAGCAACUUUACGAUAAUAUCCUCAAACAAAUGGAAUUCUACUUUAGUGAUGCUAACUUGACAAAGGAUAGAUUCCUAGGAGACCUUGUGAAAAGUGAUCCUUAUGUGCCGCUGGAAUUAUUCCUCAAAUUCAAUAAAGUUCGGUCACUGACACAGGAUGUCAACGAUAUAGCGAAAGCUAUGAAAAACUCAACUCUUCUGGAAUUAUCUGAAGACAGACUAAAGGUGAAGAGAAAGACAGCAGUUUUGCCAUAUGAUGCUGACUCAAGGACUGUAUAUGUGGAGUCAAUUCCAGUGACAGCCAGCAGGGAAUGGCUGGAGAGAGUGUUCUCUGACUAUGGCCAUGUUGCUUACAUAUCUCUGCCAAAGUUUAAAAACUCACAGAAAAUAAAGGGUUUUGCAUUCAUUGAAUUCAACCGGCCAGAGGAUGCACAGAAAUGCAUAUCUACAUUCACAAAGAUGGGCUGCAAACUGCCUACCUGCAUGCCUCCUGAAGAACUGUCUUCUAUUAAGAUGUUUACAGCAGAUGAACCAUCCACUGAAACGUCAGAGAAGAAGAUAGAGGAUGAAGAUGAACCGCCAAAGAAAAAAAAAAGGAAGGAUAAAAAGUCCCUUCAAAAAAGUUUGGAAUUGAAGUUGGGAAGUGAGUCUGAUAGUGAGAAAAGAAUGGAUACUCCUACUGAAGAAACAAAAAGCAUUGCGAGUCUAUCAACACCCACAGAGGAAAACAAACUGCUUGACCUAGAAUCUAAAGACGAAAUGACAAGUCAAGAUGAAGGAAAGGAACCAGGAGAAAGCCCAAGGAAGAAAAAGACGCGAAAGCGUACAGCAAAGGAACGUAGCAAUGCUAAGAACAAUUUGAGCAAAAAUGAGGCUCCACGAGGUGCUUUGUGGGGCUUACAAGUGUUAUCCAAGUCUGAGUGGAAAGCAUUAAGGAAUAAGUACUUGAACUUGCAAAGAAAAUACAUGAAGGAGAUGAAGACUAGUUUACAUAAUAAGAAGCAUCAGUAUUCUAGUAUACCAGCGCCCGCCGCUCCGACUAUUGAAGUGGAACCAGGUUUGCCAUCAGGUCAAACGGAUGCUCCCAAAGGCAUAGCGUCCGUAGAAAAGGUUCCAGGUUUAUUUGUUAAAGAAAUCUUACCAGAACCCUGCUUAGAUGUGAGGCUUACAAAAAGAACGAUCCGCAGCAAUAUUCACGCACUGCAUGUCGACGUAAAAGAAGGUCAAACAGAAGCAAUUAUUAGAUUUGAUACACCAAAAUCCGCAGAGGAGUACUGUGCCAACGCGAGCAACCACGCGCGCGUUCUGUCCGGUGCUGAAGAGGAAGAGCAGUGGUCUCGAGCGGAGACUGCGCUGGCGCACCGCCGGCCGCGCGGCCGUUGCCGUCUGCUCACACAGCGCGACCUACAGUCCGCGCCCAGAGCACUCGCCCCCGCCUCACCGCAACCAACACACACCCACAUACGAUUCGAAGAUGAAUAGUAUUCCGAUAUUUUCAUUUCCCAUAACAAGAACCCUUCUCAACAUUUUUUUA